AUGCCGCCCUCUCUAAUUACUAUCUCUCUUGCCCUGCACCUCGUUCUUCUGCUGUUGUUGCAGCACUUCACUACUAUUAUUAUUAUUACUGCGACUGCGACUGAACUCAAUGCGUUUACGGUAGUUGUGGUGAAGGAAAGUGCGGUAGAAACACUUCGACGAGCCCCAGUGGGUGCAGUUCUUCAACUUCCUCCAUAUAAAGUUCGUUUAUCUUCUAACUGGACGGUGGUGGAGCGAAGUGUGUGGAGUGGUGAGGCUGCAGAAGAGAAUGAGGAAGAAGGACAAUUAUUACAUUGUCGUCUUCCACUACCACAAAUGGCUGAGGAUGUAGUACGGCUUGAAGAAGAAUAUGUGCAGCGACAUGAAAGUCGUACAAGUGCUGAUAUUUGGUUAUGGUUAAUGCGAUUAACACAAUCGGAUGGGUGUAUUUUUGGUGAUGGUGAAGGGCCACUUACUGGAGUCUCUGAGUGGUAUCUACUCUGUCCAAAGGGUGAACUGCGAAAGAUGAACAGAACUGCAAUGACCACGUUGUUUGGUAAUUCCUCUUCUUUUCAAACUGAAAGGAGUCUUCGACGAUUCAUCCGCCAAACACGAGGUGAAAGAAUGAGGAGUCGUAGUGGUAGUAGUAGUGGUAGUGACAAUAAAUGGAGUUUUGUUAUUGGUGCGUAUAGGAAUCACAUUACACGACCACGAUGGAAUUCAAAACGACGGGUAUGGGAAUUAAUCUAUCCAAGUAAACGUAUCUGUAAUGUCUCAAUGACAUCAUCACAAGAAGAAGAAGAUGAUGAAGAAGAAGUGUCCAUCUUCAGAAAAGAUAACGAUGAAUUAUUAACAAAAAAGUUUGAUAAAGUGGAAAGAUGGGAAAGUGUGAUUCGUUUCUAUUGUAGUGAAAAACGGAAAAAUGAUCAUGUGCAGCAUUGGAGUAUUACGGAAGUGCGUCAGGCGUGUUUACAUGAAAUUUUGUUUCACUCUCCUGUUGUUUGUGAAUGGGAACGAGAGUUGGUAAACCUUCAUGUGAAUCCAAUUCCUUGUGUUUCUAUUUGA